UAAAUAUAUAUACAUACAUACAUACAUACAUACAUAUAUAUACAUAUACAUAUAUAUUCGUGCAUAUCGUGAAUGGGUAAGGCGUGUUCUCUUCGCUCUUGUUGCUACACACAGCGAGAAUCAUUUGUGAUUAUUCAUAUAAACGCGAAGUGUCAUAUUUGUGUGUGUGUCUGUGUGUGUGUGUGUGUGUGUGUUGCGCGAGCUCGUGUGAGUGUGAGAGAGCGUGUGUGCGCUCGAACGGCGAGCAGUGGAGCAGUGGUGCGUCAAUCGUGCGAUUGGCAGCGAUGAGCGACGACAGGAGCGAGGAGGAUCCGAUAAUGGACUUCUGGUACAGCAAUUGGGAACAGCAGUGCUUCGAAGCGCUCGAAUCCGAGCCCGAUUACGAGAGUAAGUUGCACAAUGAAAAAGAACUCUACUCGCAGCAGAUGUGGAUGAGCUUCCAAACCACUGCGUCGGCCAUCGCCCAGCUAUACAAAGACCGCACAUUAGGAGCCUCAUUAUGGGUUCCCUUUCAGACUGCAGCUGGGACUGUCACGUCGUUAUACAAAGAUUCAGUAGACUGUAUGAGACGGUGCAGUGAUCUGGGAGUGGAAAUGGGCAAACAAAAACGUAGUAAAGAAAUUAUGAAUUGGGCUAGGAAAAAAAGGCGUAUGAUUCGCAGAGAGGAUCUUCUUGCGUAUCUCGCUGGAAAACCUUCUCCAUCUCGGUCGCAUUCGCAUAGAAGUUCUCCUAAACCACGUAUGAUGGUAUGUGGUUCUCCAUCGUCACCAAGCCAAGCACCAAGUAUGGUUAUUGCUCCAGCACCAACAGCAGGCAGCACUCCAGAUCCUGAGUUACACACAUUUAGAGAAGCCAUUGCAUUAUCCGGAUCUCCAGUUUCUCGUCGUGGAGGAAGGCAAGCCGAACUGUCGGCUUUUAUUAGUAACGAAUUGGCUCGACAUCAUAAACGACCUGCUUCUCAUGACGUGGAUAUGGGAUCACCCACGCACAAACGUAUGCGCACCACACUGUAACAGCGCGCGAUGAGUAAGGUAGCUUUACUCCCUUGCUCCCUGUUAAUUAAUCGACUCGGUUAAUGAUUAGCUGACCUCUUCUACAAUAUAAUUCCCAGUCGUAUAUACUUGUAUCAAGAAACAGUAGUGGAAUAUACUGCCAAAUAAACACGUUCGUGUGUAUCUCUAUGAGUUACUGCUAGUUUCAACUUACAUACCGUUUAGAAUUGUUUUAGUUUUGUUACAUAAAAUUGAAAAAUCUGGAUUAGAAAAAAAUCUCUACUUUGUGUAUGUGGCUCUUACAUGACAUACUUUAGAAGUUCUCAUAUUUGUAUUUGUUUGUAUAUAAGAUUUAACGCAAAAAUUACAGAAAAUGCAAGAUCGCACGAACGUGUUUUUAAUACAGUUUAAAGUGCCCACAUGAUGAUCGGUCUUAUGUGCAAAUAUUUGUAUACAGGACUGUCGUUUUGUCGAUUUGUAUAAGUCAAGUUAUACAUCUAAGUUAUAAAAUCUAGCUAGAUUGUGUAUAACAUUAUUCAAACUAUUAAGUUUUUAUAAAAACAUCGAUACACGAAUCUGUAUAUCGAUUAAUAAGAUAAUUUGUGUGUGUGAUACUUGUCAGAUAGUUUUUGAUUUGUUGCAGCGUAAUGAGAGAAAUUCUUGAUACAACAGAUAGACUUUUAUUUCAAAACCUCUUAAUUUAAAUAACUUAUUACGUUAUGUUAGAUAAACAGGAAGAAAGAGUUAAAAAAUUGUAAAAUAUUUAUAACACAAUUUAUUUAAAUUAUUACUUGUCAUAAUAUGUCAUAUUGGUUUUAUUCUAUUGGGGAUUGUGUGUAAACAAGUUCCGAUUUAAUGUGUGAUUUUCCUUAAUUGUCUCAAAUUAUUUUAUACAAUUUUGUUAAGAAAAAGUGGAAGUAAUAAUAGUACGAUGCAAAAAAUUUAUUUUUAUUGUACUUUAAGCUACACUUUUUCGUGUAUGUUAAUUGUCAAAAAAUAUUUGUCAAAUUUCCUUGUUGAAAUAUUUCUGAGUAUAUAAAUUUUUUAUAUCUAAAAAUAUAUCUUUCUGUAUAACACAUGUAUAGAGUGUCCGUCAAUUGGUUUAACAUCUCUUAUAACCAGAUAGAAAGAGUAAAACUGAGUUUAAGAAUCCUAUACCAUUUUGCAAAAUUCGCAAUAGUUACCGAGAUCUUAAUUAACAGAACUCCGCGAAUAAGCAUACAUUGGGCUGUCUUAUGCGCGUUAGACGUGUUGGGGAUCUUUGUUAAUUAAGAUCUCGGUAACUAUUGCGAAUUUUGCAAAAUGGUAUAGGACUUUUCGAUUCAAGUUUACUCCUUCUACCUGCUUACGAGAGAUGUGAUGAAAUCAAUUAUCAGACAUCUUGUGUACAUGUAUAAUUACACGCACGCACACGCACACGUGUGUGUGUAUGUGGGUGUGUAAUUCAUUGUUUACGUUACUUAUAGAUUUGUAUAUUAUUUUGUAUCAAAUUUUUUUGUCAUGAAAUUAAUUCGUAUAAUUGUUGUAUAAAUUGUUGUGGUUUUAUUAUAACGUGCGAUCUACUUUUCCCUUUUUUUCUUCUGUCUCACAAACAAUGUGUAAAGGAAAAAAUUUAUAAUUACACUAGAAGUUAUACACUAUAAGAUCAUUUAUAGUGGUUAUAAUUAUAAGAUAAUGAUGUCUUAAGAGGAAACUUAUACAAAAAUAUGAUGUUUGUUUAAACAUUUAAGUUUUAAAUAUACAAACUACCACACGUAUAUAUAAAGAACGUGCUAACAAGAAAAAAAAUUAUGAUGAACUAAUGAAUAGUCCGUAAAGAGAUCUCUUGCUUCGAGUCUUGACUAACAAAUGAUUAAGCAGUGUUUAAUAUAAAAAAUUUUUUAAUUAAGAGAAACGCAGAACGAAGAACAGACUAAAACGCAGUCGGAUGUACGCAGUCAUAAUUCGAUAUCGUAUUUGGCAGAAGAAAAGCAUGACGCACGAUAAUAUAAACUUUAUACUUUGUUCAUUCGUAUAUUAUAGACUAGUAAAAGUAAAUAAAAACUGUCAAAACAAAAAGGUAUCAAACUCCAUCUUGGAUAAGGUCUAUGUCAACGUUGUGGAAUGAGAAAUUGUGAACCUAGUGUUCUGAACGACGUGACACGUAUGUAUCUAUUGAACUUGUGUAAAACGUAGACGUUGUCAGAUAAACGAUUGUUCUGUGAACGUACGAUCUCGUGCUCUGUACGUAUGUAUGUUUUUUUACAUACGUAUAUAUGUUAUGUACUUUUGCAUAUACAGUAAGAUUUCUCUAACUGAUGGUGUAAACCGUUGGAUGUUUAGGUAUGAAAAAGAGAACAUGAGUUUUUUAUUUUUAUUUUUUUUUAUGUAGAAUACUCGCGACAAUGAUUACAAAAUGUCUUAUACACAUAUGGAAAUGGCCGCGUUUGGAAACUUGUGAUGUUUCUUGACUAUUGGAAGUUAAUUGUUGGAUUCUAACAGUAAGUGGAUUAGAGCGCAUAGUACUGUUCAGCAGAAAAAUCACAAAUGUGGUUGCACUGCAGUUGCACAUCCGGCCGAGCGUGGUCAAUGUGUACGUGCGUGUGUUUAUGUCUAUUACAAUUUUUUUAAUAGAAAAUAUUUUAUAGAUAAAAUCUUAACGAUAAUAUGUAACUAUUCAUUCUCGGAGAAUGACGGCGAACACCAAUUUCAAUAAUCUUGAAAUAUGUUAAGGACGUCAUUCUGAACAACUUUUCCCUAUACAUGUUACCGCCGCUCGGCUCUAGUUUUUUCGUUAUACACAAAAGAAGUUUCAUAAAUAAAUCCUUUCCAAGAAUUCGGCAAUAUAGGGUGCGUUCGGGGAGCGCGUUAUCAGCGCUGUUGCAUCAUUCUAUCUUUAUUGCUCAUUAGAUGUAAAACAAAGAUAGAAUGACGCAAUAGCGCUGAUAGCGUGCUGCCCGAACGCAGCCUGGAUGCAUUCCGAUAUUUAUUGCCAAUAUUAGUAGCGCCACAAAUACCGUUCUAAAAUACAUAACAGUGAGCCCAUAGUAAUGUACAUUAUGCAUCGUACGUUCGUGAGUUCGGUUUUUUCGGAGGGGGGUGCAGGGGGAGGGGCAAAGCCUUUCCAGCCUACACGUGUUAUACAAUCAAAAUAUUUACUUCUUAAAUUGACACAGUAUUGGAAAACAAAGUUUUAUUUAUGAAAGUUCUUUAGUGAAU